ACUACAAGAAAAAGCUGCUGACACUAUUGAAGCACUCCAGAAAGCUGGAAUUAAAGUUUGGGUUCUGACGGGAGACAAAAUGGAGACCGCUGCAGCUACUUGCUAUGCUUGCAAACUUUUCCGGAGAAAUACACAAAUACUUGAGCUAACCACAAAGAAAAUUGAGGAACAGAGUUUGCACGAUGUGCUUUUUGACCUAAGCAAAACUGUCCUAAGACACAAUGGCAGCUUAACCAGGGAUACUUUCUCAGGACUUUCAACUGAUAUGCAAGAUUAUGGUUUAAUUAUUGAUGGAGCCGCGUUAUCAUUAAUAAUGAAACCAAGACAAGAUGGGAGCUCUGCUAACUACAGAGAGCUCUUUCUUGAAAUUUGCAGGAACUGCAGUGCAGUGUUAUGCUGUCGAAUGGCACCUCUCCAAAAAGCACAGAUUGUAAAAUUGAUUAAGUUAUCAAAGGAGCAUCCUAUCACAUUGGCAAUUGGUGAUGGAGCAAAUGAUGUCAGUAUGAUUCUAGAAGCACAUGUUGGUAUAGGAAUCAUUGGCAAAGAAGGUCGUCAAGCAGCAAGAAACAGUGACUAUGCAAUACCUAAAUUUAAACAUUUGAAAAAAAUGUUGCUUGUUCACGGGCAUUUUUAUUAUGUUAGGAUAUCUGAACUUGUGCAAUACUUCUUUUAUAAGAAUGUUUGCUUCAUUUUUCCUCAGUUUUUAUAUCAGUUCUUCUGUGGAUUUUCACAACAGACUUUAUAUGAUACUGCGUAUCUAACACUGUAUAAUAUCAGCUUCACUUCCCUUCCUAUCCUCUUGUAUGGUCUAAUGGAACAACAUGUCAGUGCAGACACACUCAAGAGAGAGCCUUCACUAUACAGAGAUGUUGCCAAGAAUGCUUUGCUGCGCUGGCGUGCAUUUAUUUAUUGGACAUUCCUAGGAGUGUUUGAUGCUGUGGUAUUUUUCUUUGGUGCCUAUUUAUUGUUUGACAACACAAUUGUGACCAGCAAUGGACAGCUAAUGACAACCAGCACUCACAUGAUGUUUGGAAACUGGACCUUUGGAACACUGGUGUUUACUGUGCUUGUAUUCACGGUUACAUUGAAGCUUGCACUAGAUACACACUAUUGGACGUGGAUAAAUCACUUCAUGAUCUGGGGAUCACUGGUAUUCUACAUUAUCUUUUCUCUGCUCUGGGGAGGAAUUAUUUGGCCUUUUCUCAAUUAUCAGAGGAUGUAUUAUGUAUUCAUGCAAAUGCUGUCUAGUGGUCCUGCCUGGCUGGGUAUAAUUCUGCUCAUAACUGUCAGCCUUCUACCAGAUGUUCUCAAGAAGGUCUUAUGCAGACAGUUGUGGCCUACAGCAACAGAAAGAAUCCAGAAUGCAUCGAGGCACUGUCAGGAGCACAUCUCAGAAUUCACACCUCUUGCCUGUCUGAAAAGCCCAAGAUACAGGAGCAGUGACUGCAGCAAUUCCCCAGCAAGAAGGUCUAAUUCUCAUUCUAAAAAAAUGAUGUUUACGCACUGGAGAGGCGUUGAUUAUUCAGUACUUCCAUCUGUCUUUGGCUAUUCAAAUAAGCAUUGCCGUUCCAGUGCAGGCUACCGCUACAGUGGGUCAGGUUUGGAAACCUCUGUAUGACAGAACACCAAGUCAAGCCUUUAAAAACUGUAUUUUUGGUUAUUUCUUUUUUCAGGAAACAAACGUGUCACAGAAAUAUAUUAAACUAUAUGUGGCUUUUGCUGUCUGAGGUAGUGUUCAGACAAACAGCAUCAAGAGCUAGACGUAUGAACCCUUCAGGGCCAAUAGGCUUCUUUUUAUGUUUUGAACUACUGGAGCAAUGAACAAUCUGCACAGUCUGGUACUGUGAGAAUGGUAGCACUAAAAAUU